CAGGUUAUUCCAUCAAUGGAUUUAUUCUUCCCUGAUUGCAUGGACAUAUUCCAAGAUGACAAUGUCAGGAUUAAUAUGUCAGGAUUUAAUAUGAGUGAAUGGAGGAGCUUCUGAGCUCUGAGUUUCCCCUUCUGAAGUCUCCAUUGCUCCACCAAUCGCUUGCGUUCAGUAAAACUGAGCCAGAUCCUCUUUUAGAGGCUGUACGUGUGACGUAAGUAUGUAAAGACGUGUGACGUGGCCAGAAGAAGAGAAGAAGCGACCCAACACCCCAGUUUUUAGAAUGAGUAUAUUAUGCUUAGCAGGGAUGUUGGUUCCAGCACACUGCUACCAUUAAACACAGUUUAGAGACAAAAUAAUACGGACUGCCACUUAAAAUGAAUAAUAGUUAUUGAUUAAAGGGUCCCAGUAUCUGUAGGUGCUUUCCUUGUGUUGUGUAUCUGUGAGAAGUUCAGCAGAGGUGGAGAUGGUGGAGGUGGGCUGGUCUGUUGGUUAUUUCACACAUUCCACUCUCCAUUGUUUACAUCAGGAAGGCCGUGCUGCUGUCAGGGCUACACUGGCACUGGAGAGGAAACACACACACACACACACACUGCUAAGCAAUGGGAUGGAAAAAGUGAGUAUCUCAGAGCGAAGUGCUCUCUCUCAUCCACAGCCCUUAUCUUCUCUCAGACUGAAAGACCUGAGCAGAUCUCAGUUCAGCUUCAUUAGUGUAGAUCUUCUGGAUCUGAUGCUGAUCAUCUCCCGUAUUUGUUCUCGCUGUUCUCGCUCAGCCGUGCUAUCUCUCCUGUGUUCGUAGUGUGGACUCCUGAUCCCAGCUCACCUGGUCACCAGGGCAACCCUUAGAUAAACCACAGGAGCCUUGAUACCUUGGCAAUGGAGCUGCGCCAGGAGACGGAAGCUCUGAGGUCCCAUAAGGUCGCCUCCCACAGGAGAGCAAUAAAAACACGAAUCGUCUUUACACCUCUUUACACCGUCCUUAUCGUCCUCUACCUGCUGUCUUCUUCAGAGGGACGAACACAGGGAUGCGAGUGUCCCACAGCCACCGUUCUGGACCAGUUUCCCUCCAGUCUUCCCAGCAACACCUGCUGUCUGAACUUCACUGGAUCUUCUUUAUUUAACGUGUCUUGGACUGCUUUAGCUUCUUUGGAAAGCCUUGAGAUUUUGGAUCUUUCCUUGUGUAAUCUGACUCAUAUUGAUGAUGAAACUGCAGCGGGUCUUGCUUUUCCUUCAUUGCGAGAGCUGUACUUGAGUCAGAACCAGCUUAAAUCAGUGCCUAGAACCUUUCUAGCUGAUGCUGAGAGUUUGGAAGUGCUGGAUUUGGGAAGGAAUCUCCUGCAGGACCUUCCAGUAGACUUCCUGCUCAACUCGAGCUCAAGUCUUCGCGUCUUGCUUCUGGGUGGAAACAGACUUCAGUUUAUUCCAAGUUCUGUCUUUAAGGAUUCGCUCCAGCGGCUGGAUUUGGCGGGAAACCUUUGGAACUGCACCUGUGCUUUGGUGGAGGAGCUCCAGCAGGUCCAGUUUGGCAACUCCACCAUUGUAGAGGACACUGUGCGUAAUCUGACCUGUGCUUCACCAUUGAAACUGGCAGGAAGGGCAGUUUGGUCAAUUCAGGCUAAAAACGUUUGUCCGCUAGAACCCACCAGUCUCAGUGCCCUGUUUAUAAUCCUCCCACUUUUUCUCCUCGUCAUCCUGUUGCUCUGCUGGUGCUGCGGCAAAAAGGAGAACAAAAAAAAAGACUCCUCAACCAUCAGGUCCUGCAAGAAGGACACCCACCUGAGCAGAAAUGGGCGCUGGGCUCAGGACAAGCCGCCGUUCGGAGAGAAAGCUGCAGCCGAUAGUGCUAAAGACGCUAUGCUAAAGAACCAGCUGAUGCUCCGCCCGUCCUCAGCUCUGCUGGGCAGCACCAGGGACAUCUACGAAGAAGUGGAGGUCAAACUCGGGUCCGUGGACUCUCUGGGGCCUCCACCCUCGACCUCGUCCGCAGAUGGAGCGGUGGGAAAAGAGGAGCACAAGGAAAAGGAGGGAGAAGACAGUAAGCAGGACCUGGAGACGGUCAGCGUGACCGAAGUGAUGAAAGACUCAGCAGACCGAGAGAAGGCCUACAUGACCCAGUCCACCAAAUACUACAGCCUGGUUCCAGGACUGGAGAUCGAGGAUUCGGAUCACGGAGAGUACGAGAGCGUGGACCUGUCCUGAUGCUACGCUCUGUGUUUACAUUACAACACGUCUUAUUGCUAAGUUUUAAUCUUUAUGCCUUUAUUGACAUUUAAAAAACUUGUAAAUUGUUUCACACUGGUUGAUGAGCACAAAGAGAAUUCCAGGUCAGGAAAGUCGCUGACUGCUUGAAAAAACACUCCUGAAGAACCUAAAGAACUUUAUCUUUCAGUGUAUUUGAAUGUAAUAAUGUUUUAACCCUUGUGUGGUGUUCAUAUUUUUGUUACUCGUUUACUUUGUUACUUGUAUUUAAUUCAGCAAAAUUAAGCAAUUUUACAUUAAAAUGCUUUACACAUGCUUGCUUCACCUAAAUUGCAAGCAAUAUAAACAGCUUACAUGGUUAAUAUUUGCCCUUUACCUUUCUUAUGUUAAAUUUCUUUUAAAAAGUGCUACUCUUUUUUAUUAGUGUUUUAAUAAAAUGUAAAAGAAAAUGAAUUAAACUCAAGAUAUGAGUAGAAAAUUUGUUUAGUUUCAAAUUUACAAAUGAAGCAAUGUUUAUUAGCCCUUGGCCAAACAUACUGUUAGAAAACAUUUUUUUUAGUGUCAUUUGAUGAAAAAUGAAAACGGGUCCCACAGACCCGAACACCACACAAGGGUUAAUAUGAAACAUGAAAUAUUUUUUUUUCACAAUUAUACUGGUGUGUGUAUACUAUCAAACUAUGUAAAAAACAACAACAACAAGAAACUCUAUAUACAGUACCAGUCCAAAGUUUGGACACACCCUAAAAUUCAGCACAUACAUUUUGUAAUUAUUUUAAAUGUUCUGCAUGGUAGAUUAAUACUAAAGUCAUCCAAACUAUGAAGAAAAACAGAUGGAACAAUGGAAUUAUUGAGUUAACAAACAGUGUGUUAAACAAACCGGCAUAUGUUUUAUAUUUCGGUUAUUGCUCCGAUUAGACAGCUUUGCACAUCUUGUACAUCAUUUUCUCAGUCAGUUUUAUGAGGUAGAGUCUCCUAGAAUUCAGGCUUUCAGUUAACAGCUGUGCUGAACUCAUCAAGAGUUAAUUACUUGAAUUUCUUGUCUCUUAAUAAAGUGUUUGAGAGCAUCAGUUAAAGUAAAGUAGUGAAGAGGGAGAGUUACAGGUAUACAGUGAAUAGUGAAUAUUUAUAGAGUAAUGUUCUAAUCCAGAUUAUGAGAAGCAACAACUACUCAACUAAGUAUAGAAAAAAUUUUUUUUUAGAAAUGAGGUCAGUCAAUUAAAAAAAAGGUCAUGAACCACCAAAAAUGUUAUGAUGAUGAAACUGGCUCUCAUCAGGACCGCCCCAGGAAAGGAAGAGCAAGAGUUUCUUCUGUUGUACAAGAGAAGUUCAUCAGAGUUACCAGCCCUAGAAACCACAAGUUAACAGCUCCCCAAAUAAGAGCAUCUAAAUGCACUUUUGCCUAAAAUGCAUAUUUUGGUUUGUUUAACACUUUUAAGUUACUACAUGAUUCCUUAUGUGUUCCUUCAUAGUCUGAAUCACUUUACUAUUAAAUUAUGUAGGAAAAUAAAAAAAUAAAAAACACAAAUAAGAAGGUGUGUCCAAACGUUGACUAUUAUAUAUAAAUACAGCUCUGCCUGGUGCCAUGGAGGUGUUUGAGAUGUUUGAGUGAUUGUUAGAGUGUUUAAACACCUCAGUGUCUUUGCUGGAACCAACCAGAAAUAUGCUCCUUAUUUUUGAAUUCACAUUUAGAGACAACAGAGUUUGUAAUUACAACAGAUGCUUAUUUAAUGCUGGCUUUGAUUCUCAAAAACAAAAAGCUGUGGGGUAAGACUCCUUUUUACCUCUAUGACGUCAUUCACCUUUAAGAGCUCUGGAUAAAAGCCUCUGAUAAAUGCUGUAAAUAUUAAUGUUUUGGAUUUGUUAGUUUUUUUUUUUAAAUAAAGGACUGUGAGACUAACCCCGGUGA